CCUGGGUGUUGUACAUGGUCAAACCUGUAUGAUAUUCUUCUACACCGGAGUGAUCUAUUGGUUCCAAAAGCGUUUGGGAUGCCACAGUCGAAAUGAGAAGCCAGGUGUGUGUGCGACUAACUCUGCAGGUUAGAGACAAAGAUCCUCAAAGUGCCAGACUGAGACAGUGUUUGAAGUGGGAUCAUACCUACUGUAUCUCCACUGCUGCUGCUACCUCUGAACUAUCAAGACAUGGUUUUCUGGAUUCUACUGCCCAUCUCCCUCAGUUUAGUGUCUCUCAUUGGAACCUGGGUGACGUAUGGCCUGGCAUACAGCAAUGAUCAUGUUUGUUCCCUCAUCGACUGGGCCCCUGGAAGCCCCUGUGGAAACAACACAUCUACAGCCUGUUGUAAUGUUCCCACCAUAAGUUCAAGUGGAACAAAUUCACCAGAAAGUUCGUUGUUCACAGCCACUAUCAACGCUGGUUCAUUUCUAUUCCUGGUGUUCUGCAUCUUCCACCAUGCUCACAUCUUGGACAGGAACAGGGUUCAAUCAAUGCUCAGUAGAAUUGCCCUGGUGUUUGGCGGAGUGGCAGCGGUUGGAGCCUUCGUAGCUGGGAACUGCAAUCCUACUGCCCUGACGAUAGGCCAUUACCUGGGGGCCGCUGUGAGCUUCCUGUGCAUCUGUUUCUACAGCCUGCUCCUCACUGUGCUGACCGGGAAGUGUGUCCUGACCCACAUGGAGUGGGUCCUCUACCCAGCAAGGAUUGUGUCUACGGGGAUCCAGAUCGUCGUCACUGUGUGCUACACCAUCCUGUUUGUCCAGGAGGACUACAUGUACAAGCAUAUAGCGGCGUUGUUUGAGUGGAUAAUGAGCGUCAACUUGGAAUUGUUUGAACUCAGCUUCGCUGUGGAGUUCUGGUUCUUCUCCUCCUCCACGUUGUCUACGCUGAUGAGAAAGAAAGAGGAGGAGAAACCUAUACUUCUUUCCUGACAAGAGACAAUACUAUUGGGCUAGGGGAGAGACACUUUAGACACUGGGGUCUAGUUCAUUAGACAUGACAUGGAAGAAAAGGUGCUGCACUGAAGCAAGAUUUGUCAUGGAAGCAUUCCUGAAAGCUUUGUAAAGGGAAAACUGUUGACCAUAACCUCUUUCAUAACCACUGAUGAACCAA